AUGGGACACUCGCGUCUCAUUUGUGCACAACUCCUUUGUUCUUGUCUUCCUGUGGCUGCCCUCCUCUUGUCGUGCGUCGUUGUCAUCGUUUCUGCUACUAACGAUACAGACAAGCUUACACUGCUUGCAUUCAAGGCGAGAAUAACUAGUGACCCAUUUGGGUCGCUUAACUCGUGGAACGAUAGCACCGACUUCUGCCGAUGGUAUGGAGUUAAGUGUGGUCGUCGACACCACAGAGUCAUUGUACUGAACCUCCAUUCCCAAAGAAUCUCAGGAUCCAUCUCACCUCACAUUGGGAACCUCAGCUUCUUGAGGGAAUUGAGGCUCCAAAACAAUAGCUUUGGCCUUGAAAUCCCUUCACAAAUUGGCCGACUACGUCGGCUCCAAUUCUUGAAUUUAUCCAGUAAUUCACUGACGGGCGAGAUUCCCAGGAAUAUAUCAGGUUGCUCAAACCUUGUAAUUUUUUACCUCGAGUCCAACCGAUUGGUUGGAGGAAUUCCAUUGGAGCUGGGCUCCUUGUCAAAUCUUCGAAAGGUUGGUGUUGCUAUUAACCAAUUAACCGAUAGAAUCCCUUCAUCUAUAGGCAACUUAUCAUCUCUAGAGUGGAUUCAUUGUUCGCGAAAUGGUUUGAGUGGGAAUAUUCCUCAAUCUCUAGGUCGACUAACCAAUCUACAAUGGCUCGCCUUUGGAGGCAACAGGCUUUCAGGUACCAUUCCGUCUUCGGUUUUCAACUUGUCUUCACUGGUUCUAAUGGACGUUUGUGUGAACCAAAUCUGCGGCAAUCUUCCUGAAGAUAUAGGAGCCACUCUCCCAAACCUUCAAAUAUUUAGCAUUUUUCAAAACCAGUUCACUGGAUCAAUUCCUUUGUCCAUAUCCAAUUCCACAAAUCUAAUAAAGCUCCAACUUUCACACAAUGAGCUCUCCGGGAAAGUUCCUUCGUUGGCGAAUCUCCAUAACCUUCAGAGGGUUACCUUGCACACUAAUUAUCUCGGGAGUGGAGGGUCCGAUGCAGAUGAUCUGAGCUUCCUUUGCUCACUAACAAAUGCCCCUAACUUAGUGGCCUUGGUGGCGCAUCACAAUAGAUUGGGUGGAACACUUCCUGUAUGCAUUGGUAAUUUUUCCACUACUUUAGAAUUCCUAGUACUGUAUCAUAACUCGAUAUCGGGUGAGAUUCCGAGAGGGGUUGGUAAUCUUGUGAACUUGCGCAGAUUACAAAUAAAUAACAACUUUCUUUCAGGUCCGAUACCAUCAGAUUUAGGAAACCUUUCGAAUCUUGCAGCAUUGACCUUGUCAGGCAACAAUCUAUCUGGCAUAAUCCCAUCCUCUUUGCAAAAUUUGCAGAGUCUGAUCUAUUUAUAUCUUGCCGAAAAUAACUUCGAAGGGCUGAUUCCUUCAUACCUAGAAAAGUAUCAAAGCUUGGUAGAUCUAGAUCUUUCCAGUAACCAUCUUAGUGGUCCACCUAUAUUCCCCAUGAAUGGAAGCCUCCUCUAUUUGAAUUUGUCCUUGAACCAUCUGAGUAGAGUCCUUCCAAUGGAAAUUGGCAACUUGAAACAUUUGGACACAUUGGAUGUCUCAGGAAAUAUUCUAGAAGGUGAAAUCCCAAGUAGUAUAGGCAAUUGUGAUGGACUGAGAGUACUACGAUUGGGAGAUAACCUCUUCCAUGGAUCCAUUGCUCAACCAAUUAGCUCAUUAAGAAGCAUUGAGGAGUUAGAUCUUUCCAACAACAGUUUCUAUGGUGAAAUUCCAAAGUUCUUAGAGGCAUUUCAGUUUUUGGAAAAGCUGGAUUUAUCUUACAAUCAUUUGGAAGGCCCACUGCCAACUCAAGGAGUUUUUAGGAAUGUGAGUGCGACUUUCGUCGCCGGAAAUGAAAAGCUUUGUGGAGGAAUGCCUGAAUUUGAGCUCCCUAAGUGCGUCUCUCAAAACUCCAAAAAUAGAGGACGAGUCCAUAAGUUGAAACUCACCAUCAUCAUUGUUUUUGGUCUUCUUGGAGUACUUCUUGUUGUUGCUUCCCUAUCCCUAUGUUGGUUGAAGCAGAAAAGAAGUGAGCCAACUUCAAGCUCCUUAGAUGAUUCAUUAUUGAAUCUGUCUUAUGGAACUCUUCUAAAAGUAACAGAUGGUUUUUCUUCGACUAAUCUAAUUGGCAUUGGAAGUUUUGGGUCCGUCUACAAGGGGUUCCUCCCGGAGAAUGGAAAUGUCAUUGCAGUGAAGGUGCUUGAUUUAACGCAAUAUGGCGCUCUCAAGAGCUUCAAAGCAGAAUGCGAGGCUUUAAAACGCAUAAAACACCGAAAUCUUCUAAAAGUCUUGAUGGCAUGCUCGGGCAUUGAUUAUAAGGGUGAUGAGUUUAAGGCUUUAGUUUACGAGUUCAUGGUAAAUAGCAGCCUAGAAGAGUGGCUACACCCAAAUCUAGCUCCAAAUGAUGCAGAUGGGCGCUCGAAGAAAUUGAGUCUCGUCCAAAGGAUAAACAUUUCCAUUGAUGUUGCUUCGGCAUUAGAUUAUCUCCAUAAUCAAUGUGAAAGCCCAAUAAUUCAUUGUGAUCUAAAGCCAAGCAAUGUCCUUCUAGAUGCUGAAUUGGUUGGACACGUUGGUGACUUUGGGUUGGCUAAGAUUGUCCACAAGUCAAUGUCUGACACUAGAGCAAACACGAGUUCUGCUGGUUUAAGGGGAACAAUUGGUUAUGCAGCUCCAGAAUAUGCUACAGGAAGCCAGGUUUCAAGAGAAGGUGAUGUCUAUAGUUACGGCAUCUUCUUAUUGGAGAUGUUCACGGGAUUAAGUCCCACUAGCAACAUAUUCAGAGAUAAUUCGAAUCUUUAUAAUUACGUUGCUGAAUCUCUACCCCAACAAGCUAUGGAGAUUACCGAUCCCGUGUUGCUUCACGAAGGAGAGAGCCAUAACGGUUCCCAGGAUUUGCUUCACGAAAGAUACCGCAUAUUUCAAGAGAGUUUGGAAACGAUAUACCAUAUUGGACUUGCUUGCUCUGUGGAGGAGCCUAGAAGGCGUAUGAGCAUCGACAAAGUUGCAACCCAGCUACACUUGAUUAGGCAGAAUUGCAGCUUCUUUACCUAGAGGGAUGAGACACGAAAGGCUGACACCGAAAGCAACAAGUUCUUAGUUUCCUAGAAUGAAUCUUUUUAGUGCUAUUCGAGUAUGAAAAAGGAAAAAAAUGAAUGUCCGACUUUCCUAACUUCCUAGUAAAUCUAAGAAAGGAUUGUCCCCCGC